AUGAAUAGAUCUCCAGGAGAAUUCCAGCGCUUCGCCAAAGCGUUCCAGCAACAAUUGUCCAGAGCUCAGCAAGCGGGUAGUGGUAAAGGACCACAGGCGCCAAAAGGUGCGUUUGCUGGUUUAGGAGGUUUGGUAUUGCUCGGAGGUGGUGCCAUGUUGUUGAACGCCUCGCUUUUCAACGUUGAUGGUGGCCACAGGGCUAUCAUUUAUUCGAGAGUGAAUGGGGUUCAGUCCCGAAUUUUCGCGGAAGGAACACAUUUCGCCAUCCCAUGGCUAGAGACUCCCAUUGUGUACGAUGUGCGUGCCAAGCCUCGCAAUGUCGCAUCGUUAACCGGUACCAAGGACUUGCAAAUGGUCAACAUCACCUGCAGAGUGCUUUCGAGACCUAACGUAUCACAGUUGCCCGUUGUGUACCGUACCCUUGGCCAAGACUACGACGAAAGAGUUUUGCCCAGUAUUGUGAACGAAGUCUUGAAAUCCGUGGUUGCUCAAUUCAACGCAUCGCAGCUGAUCACUCAAAGAGAAAAAGUUUCGAGACUGAUCAGAGAGAACCUGAUGCGUCGUGCUUCGAAAUUUAACGUCUUGUUAGACGAUGUUUCCAUCACUUACAUGACCUUUUCGCCCGAAUUCACCUAUGCUGUCGAGGCCAAGCAAAUCGCACAACAGGACGCCCAAAGAGCUGCUUUUGUGGUCGACAAAGCUAGACAAGAGAAGCAGGGUAUGGUUGUCAAGGCGCAAGGUGAAGCCAAGUCAGCUGAGCUGAUUGGUGAAGCUAUCAAAAAGUCCAAGGAUUACGUUGAAUUGAAGAGACUUGAUACUGCUCGUGAGAUCGCCACGAUCUUGAGUCAAUCCCCAAACAAAGUUAUCUUGGAUAACGAGUCGCUGCUCCUAAACACGGUGGCCGAUGCCAGAACCAAAAAAUGA